AUGAGGAGAUGGAUCACCAAAACGCGCUGCAUUGCACUUCUCCUCUUUUCUCUUACCAAUCUACCACCAGAACACUGCCGCAGAAGAAGAAGUCGGUCACGGAACGUAAUCGUGCUUCUUCUCCUAGAGAGGAGAUCUUCCUUUUCCUACAGAAGUGGUAUGAACGCACAAGAAAAAUCUUCUACAGAGAAAACAACGUACAAAGUUUUCUCCGUCCAUCAUCACAUUCCUCUCCUCUUUGCAUCUCAAAGAAAGUGUUCCUCUUUGCAUUUGCCACCUUUCCUUUGCAUUGUUGAUUGUUAUCGGUCGACCUUUUGUUUUUUUGUCUAUUUUUUUUGUGAUUAUGCAGAUUCAUUGAUGAGGGUAGAGAAAGUUUACUGCAUAUCACACCAAAUUUGCAGAAUGUUGCUCAAAGGUUUACUUAGCAUGACAAAUCUUUGCCUUCAUUCCGGUUGUUCUAUCCACCUAGAUCAAAGCCUCAUUGUAUAA